AUGCCUUCCCUACAAUCCUUCCUUUUUCUCUCCAAGUCUGAAGCGUCAGCCAGCAGAGACGCACGCAUUACCAAACCAUGUCAAAUUCCCAGGAAAAACAUAGGCCUAGCAGUCGAUCAUCUUCAACAUGAGCUUCUGGACAUGUACUGGCAGGGUGUGGAACGUGAACUACCAUACCUACUCCUCACAUUCCGCCACUGGCAAUCAGGCAAAGAGACAUCACAUUUACUCCCAGAUGAAGAAGAUCAGCAUAUCCAUGGUUACGAUACAUUCAUUGAUCAAGUAUCCGAUAUCUCACGGCAAUUCCAUGAGCGAAACAAGAAGAGCCAAGAAUCCAAGAAGCAGAAGAAAACCGAAAAGAAGAACAAAAAUGAACCACCGUCGUACGAUGAAGUACUACGUGGUCGAGGUUGGGAUAUCUUUGCCGAUAUGAAAAGUCAGAGCGUGAAAAGCGCUUUGAGAACUGCGCUGAGUGAGCGCAAGAUAAUGGACCCGACAAGACGACGAGUACGCAUGCUUCUGCAAUCAGCUCAGUUUCUCGAUAUUGACAAACUUAUCGAGUGCCGCAAUUGUGAAGAAGAUGCCCCAAUCUGGAAAAUGCCGGCCUCGGCCCAGAUGAAAGUGUCGUGCUACGAUGCUCUAAACCAGCCUGUAUUCGUUCCACAACGUUGUUCAGAAUGUCAGACAAUUAUUCGGGGCUGUACAUUUGCCGACAUUACCAGUGAAGGUGUAAUUAUCUGUGAAGGAUGUUAUUGGGCAACACAUUAUGGUCAGGGACGUUUUGUCAAGCAGUACAAACAUUCAUGUCUACCUACUGCGCUGACGCCCGAAAUGAGCCGUGAGCUUUGUUACUGCAGUACCGUCCGGCGACGCGAUGCUCACGGACGCUCCCGAUCGCUUUGGCCUAUCGAUCCAGUCGCUGACAGAGGGUAUCAUAUACAAGGAGGCAUGGGCCGAGUUGGAUGUGGGCUCCACAAAGUCACUGAUCUCCUUGCCGAGGCAAAGUAUGCAACCAUACAAUCUCCGUCUCGAAAGAACGAGAGUCUGCUCAAACUAAGGCAGAAAGACCCUGCUAUUGAAGAAGUACCAAGACCUGCAGGUGCCUCCAGAACACAGCUUCAUAAACCGGAACAUGACGAGACGUCCAGACCAGAAUAUGGGUAUCAUGGUGGGUCUAGGGCCUCUAAGCAAGAGGGUAUUCCAACGUAUCUACGGUCCACAAUUGAAGAGAAUCCGUAUGAGAAUGUGCAAAUGUCCAUUCGGUUUGGGCCUCUCAUUAUAGAAAAUGGCGCUUCUGAGAUGGACGGGGUCCUCAUUGCAAGUCGUGAUCCACCUUCUUUACAAGUUCCUCGCCAACCCCCGGAGAACAUCACCAACUGCCUUCUUCUCACAGGACACACGGAUCGUCUGCUUUAUUCGCAAAACAGACCACGAUAUCCCAAGCGUUACAAAGCAUUCAUGAAGCAAGUCGUUGGUGGUGCUUUUUGUGAUUUUUUUGACUCCGACAAAGAAGAAGACCUGAUAGAUGCUUUCAUCCAUGAGAGCAACUAUCUGGCUGAUGGAUACUCGAAUUCCUCAGAGCAAAAUGUCUUGCUGGACAAAAGUGCCAAACGACUGCUAUUGCAUGUCAAGGGCUAUCUUGGGUCAAGAGUUCAAGCAUACAUUACAAACAUCGCAACUCGCCUUCUUGAUCCAAGGAUUCAUCUUGAAUGGGACCGUCAAUCCAACAGCUGCCAAACGUUCUGUGACAAUCUCAUCGACCGAGGAUUAUUUGGCUCUCUCUUCACUUCUGAACCAUUCGAUAACAAGCUCCAACCUUUCUAUCUGAUGAGCUUUGUUUGCCGACCUGGUGCCGAGGUUCCUGUACGGGCACUUUCCAGAUACGAUGUCCCGAACGGCCUCACAGAAGAAUAUCUCUUCAAGUAUCACUAUGGACGCCACGAUGAUUCGGAUAUCAUCGACUCACUUUCCGAGUACUGGACUGAUUGGGGUGGCUUUGAGGGGCCCAUCUAUCCCUACCAAGAUGUCUUUCCAUGGGAUUGCACAGAGGCGUAUGAUCGCUAUCCUGGAAAUUGUGGCGAUUGUAAUGUUUCCAAACAUGUUUUCGCAUUUCCAUUUGAUUCUUGGUCUAUCGCUUCUCUGCACCUCUCACGAGGCAGGGAGUUGUAUCCUCUCAACCCGACACUCGCGGACAAGCCGACAAAAGAGAACCCGACUGAAGGUUUCAUGUCAGAUACAGACUGGUUCAAGAACCGUCUUACCAUCCUUCUCGGUCAAGACACUCUACUGGCAACUGCGGUAGCCAUGUCAAAUAACCCCCAAUUCCGUGCCUCAACGAAUUGGCUGCAUGGCGAUUCGGACAAAACGAUGGACCGUCUAAAGCUAGGCGGCAUCCAUCGCGCGCAACCCUUCAGUCAUCACUUUGAAAAAGGUGCAUACCAUCGCUAUUUUGUUGCGGAUUGGUCUUUGUAUACUCUACCAUUGCGAAUCUCCGAGUAUGAAAAGUUGAGGGAAUGGAGAGCAUCAAAAAUUGAUAUUGGAGCGACAACAGCAGACCAUUCCGGAGCAGGAGGCUGUGGUGUAGGGGUUUUCAUUUGUGGUGCUGCUGGAGCUGGAUGUGCGGCAGGUAAUCCGGGGAUGACAGGAGAUACUUGUGGGAGUGGCUGUGUUACCGAGUCUUCAGGUGAUGGUGAUGGCGAUGGUGAUGGCGGCUGUGGAGGUUGUGGAGGAUAG